AGCCAAUGACUAUCAAGGCCUCUGUCUGUAUCGGGUAGAACGGUCCAAUCAGAGAGCAGCGGCGGGAAACACAGCUGAUCGAAAAGGAGAAGGAGGAAGACAUUUGGCGCAAGAAGAGCUAAGAAGAAGGAAGCAGAGGACGCUGAACCGGCAUCAGAAAUACUCUAUUAUUCACUAAGAAGACUGCUUUCAACUUUCAAGACAGGUAAACUCGUCUUUGAGACAUUCAUAUCAAUGCGCAGGUGUAAAAUAUUUUAAUCUUCGUUGAUAGUUUUUCCUUUUUAAUCGCCGAAAGUACAACUAUCAUUUGGCUUUCUACCAUAAGGUGUGUCCAUAAGUUUCGACUUUGAAAUAACAUUAGUGGAUUUAGCAUGUAUUCCAGGUUAGAGUUUGAACAUUCAUCUAAAUUAGUGUUAAAAUCAGGGUUUUUUGAUUUGACGCCUCCAUUUGCAGCUCUGCUGUCUUGGCGCCAUUUAGCUAUCAUGGUAUUGUUUCCUCUGCGGGCAGGUUACUGUAAAAAUGACCACGAAUUGCAGUUUACAAAGUUUAAACCACAUUUUUAAAAGCAUCAUGUGUAUUUCCUGAAAGUUGAAGCUUAUUUCACCUUAGCUGCCUUUUCCUCAGAGAUCAACUUUCGCGACCUACUUUUUGUAGAAUUCAAACCAAGCAAGUUAAUUUCUAUAUAUAUAUUUAAAAAACCUUUAAAGACUCUAAUCUUUAACAUAAAUCCACUUGUUUUGUUGAGUAAAGUGCAUUUCAGAGCACAUGAAGGGGACAACACGAGGACGACAACUACUGAAGUUGCGUGUGCAAAAAAUAUCAAGUUAAUAUCUCAUUAAAUAUUUACUUUUUGACCUGCUGUUCGUGACCCAUCCAGAACGUGUCCGUGACCCACUUUUGGGUCGGGACCCACCAGUUGAAAGCGGAAUCUAAUCGAUCCUUAAAAUGGCGGAUAAAUAAAACUUCAUUGAAAUGUCAAAAACGUCUAUCCUAGGCCUGUUGAUGAAGUUCUGCAAUAGGUGACUUUGUCAGAUUUAAGAAGCCAUCGGGAAACAUUUUCAGUAUGAAGAAGAGUGGCCUGAUAAACUAUCCUGUGAACCACAACUACAAACAUACUGUCCCAUCAAGAAUAGUUAGAGUUUAUCAAACUAUUUCAAGUUUAAUUGAACCAAAAGACAAAGAUCCUUCUGGCAAAGGUGCAUGUAGGAACACUCCUUUUGGCUUUAGAGAUUUGCAGGUUGAAUGGGUUUUUGUUGUCUUCAUCUAUGGUGACUUAAGUGAGGUGCUCUUCAGUAAAAUAUCCUCCAUCAAUGCUGAUUUCUUCUGUUUGGAUGAUUAUGAAAAACUUGUGUUCCAGAAGAGAGAUCUCCUUCGUUGGAGAUUUUAUUUGCAGAUACGAAGAGAAAAGGCAGGAGAAACAAAUUUAUGUGGCGGUCGCACUAAAUGCACACAGUUGUUGCUGUUGUGCACGAAAUAAUUAGUAUUGAUGUAUGUUUUUGUCGAUAUGAGCUUGACAAAUGGAGGAUAACUGGAGGUUUUUGUCCAUAAAGGUCACCACUGCCUCACAGAUGAAAGGGUUGAGCGAUGGGAGUGUUUAAAUCUAGAUAAUUAUACAAGAUGUUUCCAAUUCUACGCACUGCACCUUUUAAUUCACGACGGAUCAUCUUUCUUUGUGUUUCAGAUAAAAGGUCAAGAUGCCGAGUACUCGCUCUCAGGGCCAGUCUCAGCCCAUGCUCUCCUUCCCCCGCCGCAAAUCCUGCAGGGUUUCCUCUUGCCACAAGACGCCUCAGCUGAACAAAUCCCCGGCUCCAUCGCCGUCUAAACCCAAACCCCUCUCCACAGCUUUGACUCUGACCCGGAUCGCACCGCUCUCCCCGGGACGUCCUGCAGAUAAGCCGCUCCUGCUCUCGCCAAAACGCCCCAUAGCCCAUCAACAGCCACCGCCGUCAUCACCAGGCGGCAUUAGACGGCUUCCACUGAGCCCGAGGAAACGUACAGGUGAGAGACCUCACACAGGACGGGACGAGGGGAUCACAAAUCUGAUUUGAUGUUUUUAACAUUUACCUCUGAGUUUGAAUGAGGAGCACUGAGGUGAGGGUAGUGAAACUUUUUACCCACUUUAUUUCCCAACGUUAUUAGAAAAUAAGAAUCUAAAAUUUUUUCCAAUUAUAUUUAAAAAGAAGCUUCAGUGUUUCUGAAUCCAGGCCUCAUUGUGUCAUUUGGGCUUUUAAUGGUGUGUUAGUGUAUAAAAAUGGUUUUACUGGACGUCUCAUUGAGUCUUAAACAUUGGGGGGAAGGAAAUCUCUCCUUCUGGAAACCUUCACUGCUAAAAUCAUAAAGUCCUGUCAACACCUGAAACAGAGAACCUUCUAAAGACUCGCCCUCCUCCUCUCCUCAGGUGAUGAUAACAGCUGUAACCUCGGUCCCGCUCUCCUGGGUUCACCUCCAAAGCAGAGCAGGCAGAUCCUGGCCUCGCCUUCAAAGCUGGGAUUCGACGAGAACUUGCCUGUCUCCUCUCGCCGACAGUUGGUCCUGUCCCCACCGCGGCAUACGCUCUCACCCUCCAACAAGUCGUCACCAAGGCGACAGGAGACGCCCACAGGAAGUCCGCAGAGUCGCAAAUCGGAGAAAAAGGCUCCUGUCGCUCGGCUCUUUGCAGAAAGUGAGUGUUUGUUUGAAAGUUUGAUACAAAGAUCCAGCAUAUUUUGAAAGUUUUCCCUCUUAUUUUGAAGUUUUCUAGUAUUUUUUUUUUUUAACCAUGUAUCUGUAAAGGAUGAGGAGCAGGUGCUCACCUCAUUGAGCUUAAAAUAGAGACACUCACACUAAAGCUGUGGACUUCUUGACUUCUUCUUGUUGAAGCCGUAUCAUUAAGAAAAAUGACCCCUGUGUGAUUGGCUCAGCAGCCUCGAGUCAGAGUUUUGUAAAGACGAAGGUGUUUUAAAUCUAGUUGAAAAUCCAGAGCUCUAAGUAUCUUCUCCAUCUAAAUUCCUCCUGCUCUUCUUCAGAGUCAAGGUUCCUAAACGUGAAGCAGGCGCUGCACACCGCUGUCCCUGAGCGCCUCCUGUCCAGAGAGGCCGAGCGGGCGUCCAUAAAGUCGUUCCUGGAGGAGAAGGUGCUGCAGCGUCUCCCCGGCAGCAUCUACAUCUCAGGAGCUCCGGGAACCGGCAAGACGGCCUGUCUGAACUGUGUGCUGCAGGAGAUGAAGGUGCUUUUAUACAAAUAGUUAAAGGCUGAAUGGAUGUGACCUUUUCAAAAUUUGAGAAACUUUAGCCAAUUGUAAUAAAAAGAAAUGUUAAUAUGAGUGUUUUGACCCAUCAGGAGGAGCUGUCGUCUGUUCAGACCGUGGUGGUAAACUGUAUGACCCUGAGGAGCUCCCACGCCAUCUUCCCGCUGCUGGCUGAGAAGCUUAAAGCACCAGGUGGACAGAACAGACUGCAGAGGCUCCUGACGGCUCCGGGGCCUGCUGUGUGAGUAAUUCAGGAUGAAGUUACGAUCUUGGAGUCAGUCGGUCUUCACUGGAUCUCUGACCUGGUCUGUGUCUUGUCCUCAGGCUGCUGGUUCUGGAUGAGAUGGACCAGCUGGACAGUAAGGCUCAGGACGUCCUCUACACCAUCUUUGAGUGGCCGUACCUGCCAAAUUCCCGCCUCUGUCUUAUUGGUAAGAAGCUCACCUGUUAGUGGAGGUUGUAAUAUUUGAACUGAGACAGAAACGUUUUCUCUUUAGAAGAGCAAACAAAGAUUCAGGAUUCAGGGCUCUCACUCCAAACAGCUGUUUAAAACCCAGGCGUUAUUCCCCCAGGUAUCGCCAACGCUCUGGAUCUGACUGACCGCAUCCUCCCCAGACUGCAGGCUCGUCCUCACUGUCGCCCUCAGCUGUUACACUUCCCUCCCUACACCCGCCUGGAGCUCGCCGCCAUCGUGCAGGACAGGCUCGCACAGGUAAAAACGACACACUUGAGCGUCCUCCCUUUUAAAUCUCAAACACCAGAUCCUCGUAUGAACCUGCUUUUUCUUCGUCUCAGGCAUCAGCUGAAGGGAUCCUCGACGCUUCAGCCGUUCAGUUCUGUGCUAGGAAAGUGUCAGCCGUGUCUGGGGACGCCAGGAAAGCUCUGGACAUCUGCAGGUACGAGUCCAAACUGCAGAGGAGAAAUGCGCCUCAUAUUGUUCCUUUUUUCUAUUUCAAGUCUCUUCAUGAAAGAAAUCCUUUAGAUCUGAUCAAAGUUUCAGUCACUGAGACUGAAGUUUUAAACGUGUGAUCACUUUUACAUUUUCAGGAGAGCAGUCGAGGUUGUGGAGUCUGAUGAGAGAAAGAAAGCAUCAGAUCCAACAUCUGAAAAUAAAGGUGAGUUUGCUGUUUUUCUGACUCCCUGAACAAACUGAAACCGCUUUCUGCUCCUGAUUAAACUAACUAUUCUGCUCUUUUCCUGCAGUGUCCCGGGUCAGCCUCCCUCAGGUGGCGCGUGUGCUGUCUGAGGUUUACGGUGACCGGAUGGCAUCUCAGAGCGGCAGUUCAGACGGAGAGAGUUUCCCCCUGCAGCAGAAACUGCUGGUCUGCUGCCUGCUGCUGCUCAUACGAAGCGCAAAGAGCAAAGAGAUCGUCCUGGGGAAGGUGAGCGUCUAAAAUGAUCUUUGUUUGGUUUGUUUCUCUCAGGUGGACUUCAGGCAGGACGCUCCGAGGCUCCUUGGCUGCUCAGUAUAGUUUCAGGAUGUGUGUGUGAACAGAUUAGACUUGUUACAAGUUUUUACACCUGAAAGCAUCACCUGGUACAAGUGUUGCCAUGACACUUGGUUGGUAAAUCUGAGAAAGAGAGCUCUUUGGUCGACAUGGAGUUUCAUCAUAAGGGCUGAAGAUUUGAAAAAAAAUGGGGUUAAACGUCCAGCAGGAGGCGCCACAGCAUCACCUGUAUUUUUUUUAUUUUAAUUUUUUUAAACACUCUCUUCAACAAACCGGUUAUGCAUUUGUGUUUCAGCUCCAUGAGGUGUACAGUCGGCUGUGUGCUCAGCGGCAGGUGUCAGCAGUCGGUCAGAGCGAGUGUUUGUCUCUGUGCAGUCUGCUGGAGAGUCGAGGGAUCUUCGCUCUGAAGAAAGCCAAAGAAGCUCGGCUCACCAAGGUAAAAAAAAACAAACAAACAACAAAACAGAUUGAUACUGUGAACUCAGUUGAUCACUGCGGUAAAGUAAAGUUAUGCGAUUAAAGUCAAAUUUGGACCCAUAUCUUUUUCCUUAAAAUUUUUAGAUUUAAAUCGGAGUUUAGGGUAAGGACAGAAUUCUAAAUCUGAUCUCAGACCUUUUUUCAUGAACCCUGAGGCAGAAUCCUGAUUUCAGUCGAACAACUUUCAAAAGAAAAAACAGUUCUUAGGAAAAAAUAAUCAGAAUUCAGACUUGGUUUCUUAAAUUCUUAUCAUACUAAAAUACAAUACAGUAUUCUGAGACUUAAAUCUAAAUUAUUGAACGUUUAUUAGAAUUUUUUUCUGGGAAUUCUGGGAUAAAAAUCAGAUUUCUAAGAAUAAACCAGAAAUUUGAGAAGUCCUGAUUCUGCCUUCCUUUGUAUUCCAAAAUGCAUAAAUUUAAAUCAGAGUUCUGACUUUUUUUUAUCUCAGAGUUUAGACUUUUUUUUUUUUUUCUUUAAACCAUUAGAGGUAGAAUCCUGAAAAAAGUCAGAAUUCAGAUUUAAAUCUUGAAAUCUGGCAGUUUUAAAAAGGUACAGGUUUAAGAAAAAGGUCUUUCUCACUGGACUGAGCUUUUAAUGUUUCUUACUAAGUUGCUUAUAAUAGUGAUGAUUCCGAUAUGGCCUGGGAUAGGGCUGCGCAGUUAAUCGAUUUUAAAUCGUAAUCAAAUUAUUUGAUUGUGACUAUUAAAAAAAAUUUAAAUCGUCAAAUCGGAUCAUAUCUCGCACCUCCAGGCCACCAUAGGCUCCCCCUUCCUGCGGGAGCGCUCCUCAGUUCCCACAUACACCCGUGUAAACAAACAUGGCACUUACAAAAGAAGGCGAUAAUUUCAUGGCUAAAUAGGGCAAGAGCAAGUCAGUCGCAGUUUUGGAUGAAGAGCAAACCACUCCCCGCUGCAAAGUCUGUCUGAAGGUGGUAUCACCCUGUCCACACGGAAACGAAUUAAGGAGUAAACGCAAGUUUUUUUGUCUUAUUGGCAUUUUAUCCACAUGGAAACAGCAUUUCAGGUGACUGUAAAUGGUUCUUUUUGAAAAUGGGUCAGAGAGUGCAUAAAUCCGUAAACAACCACCAUUUCAUCUCCAUGUGGAUGCCUAUCAGCAUCUCUCAAAACCUUGAUGUAACUAACUCUUUUAUGGCCCUGCACCUGUCCUGCCAAAACAACCUUCAUACGAGUGCUCUGUACUCUUCUGUUUCUGUCUUUUGUGCAUUUCCUCGUCCGUGUUACUGACAGGUGGAUGUUUUUCUCUCUUCAGGUGUUUCUGAAAAUCGAGGAGAAAGAUGUUGAAAACGCUCUGAAGGAUAGGACGCUGCUAGGCAGCAUCCUGGCUGCAGGACUCCCCUCCUGAUCACACAAUGAUUUUUAAUUUGAACAGAAACAAGUUUUUUUUUCUGUGGUUUGAUUUUUUUAUUCUCAUUUUUGCUGAGAAUCUGUACAGAAUUUUACUGAAAUUUUUAUUUUAUUAUUUUGGUCCUCAAACUGACAAAGAAUUUUGAACCUUCACGUCAGUCAUGUGUGACAUGCAGCAGCUGUUUCAGUUUGGAUUUGAAAAGUCGACAUUUUUAUGCUGUAAAUAAAAUGUGUACAGACUUGAGACAUUUCUUCUUUUUGUUUUGUGGGUUUAAAGAGAAACAAAAAGGAUGUGAAAAUAUCAUUAAAACCCAGCUUAGACUGCAGGCUGAAGAGGCGUAAAGGAGCAGUUCCAACAUUUAUGGGACCAGACACACAAACAGAAAUGCUGUUUUAUUCAAAUCUGAUUUAUUCACAGCAGAGUGGAUGAAAAUAGAAGUUGUGCAUGUUUUCAGAUAGAAAUACAGUGAGCAAAAAUGUAAACCAGCUCAGAGGAUAAAAUAAAGUAUUUAAACAUACAUAUUUAAUAUCACAUCCUGCCCUGACUCCAUAUCAACUCACAGCGUCAGUAAAGAUACAGCAAGACAACACAUCACUGUCUUUUAACAGUCAUUUCACAGACCCCUCACCUUCUAUUCUUAAGUUUGGUGUUUGUUUUCAGCUUUUUAAUACAGGGUUUUAGGGUUUUACUCUCAAUAACACUAAAAUACUUCACUGUGUGAUUGUCUGAAUGUCUUUGACCUUAGGAGGUACAAAGGUGGAGAAAAACAAAAACUUCCAAAAACAUGAACAUUCAAACCACUACAAACUCUUCCUGUCACCAAAGUCUUGAUAAUCCACUUUCAAAGAGAUUUAAAACAAUACACCACAUUUUCAAAUUUAAUUAUGGAGCUAAAACACACGCUCUCAAAUAUCAAAACUUCUACUAGCUGAAAAAAAGAGGAAUUAAAAACAGCAAUGGUGGAGAGUCAAAGUAAGAGCCCAAUGAGAUGAUGCUUUUCCUGCAAUAUCAGGGUUAUUUCAGUUUAAGGAGUCUCAAAAGGAAAUGUAGGAAUUUUUUCUUAGAUUGUUUUAGUCUGUAUUCUUUUUAGUGGAAUAAGACAGUAUCACCUUUUCCUGAGACUAAAACUCCCAAAUCUGCAUUUUUUUUUGUGUUUUUUCCUGCAGGUUUCAUAACAUUUUACAUAUCCAUGUUUCUUCAAAUGCUAACACGUUUAAAUACCAGAACAUGUUUAAUAUGAACUGUAACUUGACCUGUGUUCUUACAAGUAAACAAAUCAAAUUUAACUCUAGAUACAAACAACAAAUAUCUCAAACGUGAGAAUGAGGUGUUGAAGCUUUAGGGGUGAAAUCAAUAAAAGAGACAACCCCUUUUUUUUGACAUUCAGAGUGAGGAGGUGAAAAUCAUUUUGAAACAUUCUCAUUUUACCAGCGUUCAGAUUUUAACGAAAAAUAAACAGAUAAAGAACUUUAGCCCUCAGUUUGACAUUAACAUGUAUUUACAAUCUUUAGACACAGUCAAUACACAAACAAACAAACAGGUGAAACAGUCAGUAAACUUCACCACAAACACUCACAGUUUAGUCCAAAAUACUUUCAAUAUAUUAUAAAUGUUAAAUAUUUGUGAAUUUUAUCAGUUUGAAAUAUUCCCUUUUUUUUCUCAUUCGGCCCGUCACAGGACAGAAACACCAAACUGAGAGUGAAUUGAGACUUAAAGGUAAAUGACUGAAAACAGGUCUGUAACUCCUCAAUUACUCACCACAGCUUUGGUGGUAAGGAAUACAAGUGACCGAUCUCAACCCUAAUAAACAUUUAAAUAUUAAUCCUGUUACUCAGGUAAGAGAGUGAAAAAAAAGUUUCAAAUUAUGAGUAUGAUUUAAAUAAAAGAGAAUAAAAUCAGACAUUAACAAGAAUAUUUGCCCCAAUAUUAAUAGGGUAAAAUUGUCAGGCUUUGACAAGGAAGUUUUAAAACUAAGUAGAGAAAGGAUCAAAUCUUAAUUAUCUGGAUAAAGUUGAAUUUAAGGAACAUAAAGUCAUUGAUAUACCAAUUCAGAAUCAAAUCAUUGUGUUAGACCAGUGGUUCUCAAGUCCAGUCCUCGAGGCCCACUGUCCUGCAUGUUUUGGAUGU